GAUAAAAGUGCAAGGGUAGUUUCGUCAAAAUGAGAAUAUAGGGUUUUUGCGUAUAUAAGCGAAGCGCCUGCAGGAAACUAGGGUUUCUCGGCGGCCAUUUGAAAUCUAGGGUUUGUGUAGCUCUCUUCAGCUCCCCAAUGGUGGCCACCAAGAAGACUAAAAAGACUCAUGAGAGCAUCAACAAUCGCCUCGCUCUCGUGAUGAAGAGCGGGAAAUACACUUUGGGAUACAAGACCGUCCUUAGAUCCCUCAGGAGCUCCAAAGGGAAGUUGAUAAUCAUUGCAAACAACUGCCCCCCGCUUAGAAAGUCCGAGAUCGAGUACUAUGCAAUGUUGGCAAAGGUUGGAGUGCACCAUUUUAAUGGAAACAAUGUUGAUUUAGGCACCGCUUGUGGCAAAUACUAUCGGGUCUGCUGCCUCAGCAUUAUUGAUCCAGGUGAUUCGGAUAUCAUUAAGAGCAUUCCUGGUGAUCAAUGAGCAAGAUAAAAAGCUAAGUCAAGCCUGUAUGUCUUUUUAUUGAUAGAGAUUCAAAUGGCAGUUUUUUAUUUAGGGGUUUCUCUGUUGGGUAGAGAGAGGUUUUGAUGAGUGUGCAAUUUUUGCUGCUAACUCUUUUGCAAGAACGGUCAUUAAUGACCAUGAAAAUCGGUUAAAAUGAUGAUACACCCCCAACUCUUGAUUUUGUGUUUUUAUGCUGUGUUACCUUUUAUAGUUUGUUUUUGACCGUCAGAUACACAUGCACAUGCUGACCAAUUUUUUGGGAAGUUGGGCCUGAACCAAAAUUUGAA